UAUGAAGGUUACUGUGUAAGGCACUGGAACUGUUUCCAAAUUCAUAAAAAAGUUACCAUUCAGUUUCAAGGAUUGACGUUAAAAACUAGUGAAUUUGUGGGCUAAUUGUCUAAUAUUAAAAUCUAUCCCAAAUUCACAAUCCCUUUCAAAGGUAUAGCGACUUUUUAACGAUUUAUUUAAUUAGAACUUUUAAAGUCAUAAUAGUCUUCACAUGUUAAAAAGUCGUAGCGUGAAUAUUUUCGAUAUUUCAAAUUAAAAGGGAUUGCGAUAGAUUUUGAAAUUAGAUAAUUACGUCCCCGACCCUGACCUUGAAACAAAGAAUAGUCUGGCAAUAUUAUUUCAGUUAUAGUCUGUGCUGUCAAUCAGCUAACUUCAUACAAAAGGGGGAACUGUCAAAAUUUUGCAGGACAGCGCAUGAAAACGCUGUUUACAAUUUUAAUGUUAUACGACAUAUUUGUAUUUGUUGUUUAGCAGUGUUGUUUUUCGCGCAAUAGGCCCCAGCUUUCAGUGCUCCGUACGAUGCGUUCCACCGCCGCGAAUGUAGUCUUCCGUUCGUGCUCGUGAUCCUCAUCGAAUUAGUUCUGUGUAUGACGGGUGUGAUUUUUGCAUAACAUCGAGUCGUUAUGGGUGCUAAACCGAGUACCGCAAAUGGGGGGCAGAGUCCGCGUACGAGGACAUUUUCGACGAGCUCUAGCUCAGAGGUAGUGUCAGGUGGGGCGGGGUUUAGUCUGCUACGAGCAAUACCUGGAAUACAGGUUUCUAGUGACCGGCAGCGCGCGCGUUCUCUGUCAUCGGUGCCAGAUUUGCAUGCUUCUCAUGAGGCGAUCGCGAUUCCUGCGAACUCGCAGAGUUACGAAGCGUCAGCGGCUGCGAGUCCUGACACAGACUCCAGCUCUAAUGAGGAGGCAGGUCCAGCGCCUGGUACCUCCCUUGCCCUGGGUAGGGUCUACGCCGCACACUCCUUGCCUUCACACAUUUGGUCCCUAAAUGGGAUCAAAUGUCCUGUGUGCAGCAAGUUCGUGUUGCCGGACGACAUCGAGUGCCAUCUGGUCAUGUGCCUCACCAGGCCAAGACUCUCAUAUAAUGAGGAUGUAUUGAGUGACUCCAAAGGGGAAUGUGUGAUCUGCCUGGAGGAGUUGUCGGCGGGGGACACUAUAGCGCGCCUGCCCUGCCUCUGCAUCUACCACAAGGGAUGUAUAGACCAAUGGUUCGAAGUGAACAGAUCGUGCCCGGAGCACCCCGGCGACUAGUGCGUGCGCCGGCGCCGGUACAACGCGUGCCAUGAGUCGCGAGUGAUACUUUUAUACAAUGAACAGACUGUCGCCCCGAGGGCAUUGUAAAUAUUAAAUACUUAUAUGCUAGUGAAAUGUUUUACCGUUUAAUGAUGAUUAAAAUAAACAAAAAAUGAUUUAAAACAAAGACAAUUAUAGGAGAUUGCUAUGGGGGAAAUCUAUGGUGGAGUUGGAUACUGUCGAUCAUAAAUUGUACAUCAUUUAGUUUCGGACGCUAAAAAUGUCGAUAGUUUGGUUUUUGUUUUUUUUUAUAUAUAUAUAUAUUUAAUUAUCAUAAAUAUACGCAAUAUGGAGUUCAGCUCUAGUAGUC